UUCUUUGUUAAGCAAAUGAUAAGAUGGUGUGGUUUAUUUUUGAUCCGCAUAUUAUUCAUUAUAAUAUUGCGCAACAUUACGUACAAUAUUAUUCAUCACAAACAUGAAAUUCUACUACGUGCGUUACCAAGCAAACAUACGUGUACUAUCUUUUUGAAAAUAAGAACGGAAGGCCUGACUAGCCGUGACACUGACGACGAUAAAUAUUCUUUGUUAACCGGAACCAGCACAUCUCUUCAGGAUAGCACCGGAAGUACGGUCACAGGCUCUAUUAGAGCCAACUACGAACGCAAUUUCGAAGAUCGUAUCUUGUACGGGCAAAGCGGUGGUCGCAGAUUUAGUUACAAAAAAAGAAAGACUUGCAGCGGAAAUGGAAUAUUUAGUGCUCCUCCCGGUGUCAGUCCCCAUCACGUUAAAUCAUCAAUUAUCCGUCGCAACACAAAUGGAUCUCGAUUAAUUUUCGUGUGGCCACAGAAACCUCCAAGAAGUAGAUUAUUAAGAAUCUUAGCUCCUCUCAUGCAUGGUAUCCUUGUUGGAUUUUUAUUCAUGGACGCUGUUCAUCUUUGGCCAGGAGAAUUUUUACCUACAUCAUUGCCCUCCAUAAUACCUGUUCCUUUACCACCCGUAAAAUGUAACGUAAUUGAACCACGAUGGUUCGAUAAUAGUUAA